AUGAGUAAAAAAAAACGAGCGAAUCAACAAAAGAGGAAGAAGAAAACAGAAAAAAAGAAAAAUAAUUACAACAAUAUAGAAUCCGAAAGAGGGGGAAUUACAUAUUCAUUGAUAAAUGAUUAUCAUGACACAAACUUUAAAAAAAAUUUUUAUAUAAAAAGUAUAAGGACAGAUGGAAACUGUUUAUUUAGGGCUGUGUCUGACCAAUUAUAUAACCAUGAAGAGAAUUACAAAGAGAUAAGAAAAAAAGUGGUAGAACAUUUAUUGAAAAAUGAAGAACUGUAUAAGAAUUUUAUUGAGUAUGAUGAAAGUUAUAAAUCGUAUAUAGAAAGAAUAAGUUUAGAUGGUACUUGGGGAGGACAAUUAGAACUUCAAGCAGUGGGAGAAAUUUACAAAGUCAAUAUUUUAAUAUAUCAAGAAAAUGGUUGUAUACUUGAAAUUAAGAAUCACAGCGAUGAUAAUAAAUGUAUACAAUUACAUUAUGCUUCAAGUGAACAUUAUAAUAGUGUGAGAUUUAAAAAUAGGGCCCUAGACAACGAAUUAAAGUCGAUACUAGACCUAAGAGAAAUACUAAAUAAUAAAGAAGAUAAUGAUUCCACAAAGACCUUUUAUGAAACCACAGAAAAUGAAUUGACUGAUGAAAAUGAAAGUGGACAAUCUAAUAACAUAAAAUAUAUACAUAAAAAAUGUGAUGAGAAUCAUAGAGAAUAUUAUUAUAAUAAGUUAUUAAAGGAUGAAGAUAAUUCUUAUGAUUUUAUUCAAAGAAAAAAAAAUGGAUAUAAUACUUUUUCUUUUAGUGAUUAUGAAGAUGAUAAUAAUUUAACAUCUUACAAUAUAUUACACAAGCUUCAUAAUAAUAUGAAAAUGAAUAGAAAAUAUGGUAGAAGCAGAAGUAUGCCAAAUAUAAAUGAUAAGUUUUUAUAUUUUAUUUCUAAGAAUAAUAGAAAUGAGAAAGUAGAAAGUGAUAGUACUAUUGAUAACAUGAAUGAAAAGAAAAGUCUAGAAAAAAAAAAAACGAAAAAAAAUGUAAAAAGGAAAAUAAAUUUUGUUCGAUAUAAUUCAUCAGGUGGAAUGUAUUACUAUACAAAAUAUAAUAAUAAAAAUAAAAAUGAGGAUAUAUUAAAAAGUGAUAAUAAUAAUAAUAAUAAUAAUAAUGAUAAUAAUGAUAAUUCUAGUAGUAAUAAUAUGUUGUGUCUAGAUGAUAUUUUUUGUAUGUAUCUUUUAAACGAUUAUAUAGAUAGAGAAAAAACACCAAUAGUAAGAUUUUAUUUUGAUAAGUCCUUUUAUAAAUAUUUGUGUUUAUCAAGUGUUAUGCAUAUAGAUCAUAUAAAAAAAAGUGAAAAUAAUAAAUAUUAUAAUAAUAUAUAUGAUACUAAUAUUUUUAAUAAUAAUAAUUCUUAUUAUUGUAAUGAGAAUUACAAUUUAUGUCAUUUUAAUUACCAUACAAAUCAUCCAUUCAACAACAAUAAUAAUGUCAUAGAAGAAAGGUUUUUUUGUAAUAUAGGUUAUUUAUCACAUUAUGAAGUGAAAAAUAAUUUUAUUAAAUAUAAAAAAAAGGAUGAUGAAGAUUUUAUGCAUUUAUACAGUGAAAAGAUUUUAUAUAACACUCAAAAUUCUUCUCACGAUAUAUUAUAUAAUAGUUCAAAUCUUGAUGAUAAUUUUAUAAGUUCUAAUAGCAUAAAAAAAAAAAAAAAAAAAAAUUAUUUAUAUGAUGAAGUAUAUUCUAUCAAUCACACAAAUAUCAAUAAUAGUUAUAAUAAAAGUGGGAACCCAUUUUAUUCUUUAUAUAUGAAAGGAGAUUCUUCGAACGAUCUGAACAAUAAAAUAACAACAUUCAAAAAUAAUGACAAUAUGAAUGGUAAUCAAAUUAAUGAUAGUAAUGUGAGUGUUAAUAAUACCAUUUUGGAUAGCCAGUCCGCAUGCAAAAAGGACAUAAAAUGUGUAAACAAUUUAUUUAUUAAUAAAGAGAGAUCUAAUAAUUAUUAUUCUCAGAGUGAUCGGAUUUUUAAUAUUAUCAUAGAUGAAUAUGUUAUAAGUAUGGAUAGUGAUUUGUUAUGUUGUUAUAUAAGUAAUAGAUAUAACAAUAAAUUGAUAAAAUCAAAAAGUAGUCCAGAGGGGAAGAGUGAAUAUAACAUUGAUGAUAAUAUAUAUUCGACAUACAAUACAAAUAUUAUUGAUAAUAAUAAUAAUAAUAAUAAUAAUAGGAACAAUGAAAUGGGAUAUAACAAUAUUAAUACUUCCAAUAUAAAUAUAAAUAUCAAUAUAGAUAAUAAUAAUAAUAAUAUUAAUCAUAUUAAUAAUAUUAAUAAUAUUAUCCAUAUUGAUGAUCGUAAUAAUGAUAAUGAAAGUAGAUAUACAACAAGCACUAAUAUAACAAAAGAUCAUCAAUCAUUUUUACAUUUAAAUUCAAAAGAUUUAUCUAUGAAAAGAAAAUAUCAAAAUAAAAAACUCAUAAAUAUGUUUUCUAAAGAUUUUUAUUCAAAAGGUUUAUUUCAAUAUUUAAAUGCUGAUUUUAUUUUGAAUGAUGAUAAUAUAAAAUAUAUUAUACCAUUUUUUUCAAACCAUAAAAAAAUUAAUAUAUUUAAAAAAAAUAUAGAUAGCAAUGAUAUGUAUCUAUAUAAUUAUGUUAUGUUCUAUUUUUAUUUAAAUAAAGACAAAAUAUUAAAUAAAUGGAAAUGCUCACAAAAUUUAUAUGAAGAAUUUCUAAUAAAAGAAAAACAUAAAUAUUAUAAAUUUAUAAAGGGAAGAAAAUAUUCAUCUAUUAGAAGUAGGGAUGAGCAAGGAGUUAAAAUUAUAUCUAUAUGA